AUGACCGUCACCGACUCUGCACUCCGCUUACUCACAGCUCCCCUCCCCCUCCUUACCACUCUAUCCGGGCCUUCCAUCACCAGCUCCAGCCCACAUCCACACCACACGCCCGAACUCAUGCGCCGCACCUCCUGGGGUUCAGUAUCCUCCUCCUCAUCAGCAAGUACAGCGGAUACAGAGUUACGGGAAUGGGAUUACAGAGGGACGAAGAGGAGGAGUACUGCAGGGGAACAAGAUGAGGUUGAGAGGAAACGCUGGGAGGGGAGGAGGAUGAGAGAUAGGCUGGCCGAGAGGACGUGGAGGGAGUUUUGGGGGUGA